AAGACGUCACGAUAACAUUACGUUGCAGUUUUUGCGUCGAACAUUUCGUAAUGCCUGCAGUAUAUAAGCAAGUUGUCGCUAGUAUCCUUUGUCCAGUGAGUCACUUCACCUGUUCGUGUUACAGCGCGGCAUUACAAAAGCGUACUCUGAGUUGUAAGUUACAUUUUUUUCGGCUUGCUACAAGUACCGCGAAGUUGAAGAUUUCAAGGAUGGAAUUCCUACAGGAGAUGUUGUCUUUGGAACCCCUCGCUCAUCCUGGAGCCAUCGCAUCAGUUUUGCUCCUGACAGUUAUGUUCCUCUACUGGUAUGGAACACGUGGUUUCGCUGACCUCAAGAAGCUCAACGUACCCGGCCCCAAACCUGUUCCAUAUUUUGGGAACUUUCUCGAAACGAGGAAAUAUGGUGUACUGCACCUGAUGUGUCUCGACUACUCCAAGAAGUACGGCAAAGUUUUUGCCAUGUGUCUGGGUGGUAAACCAACGCUUGUCGUUGCAGAUCCAGAGAUGUUGAAGCAAAUAAUGAUCAAAGAUUUUCCAAACUUUCGAAAUCGUUUCCAAAUGCAGUUCCCGGGUCAUCCAUUCGAGAAAAACCUGUUAGAGGCAAAAGAUGAAACCUGGAAGCGGAUCCGGUCCACACUGACACCCACCUUCAGCGCGGGAAAGAUGAAGUUGAUGUUGCCAUUGAUCGAGAAGUCGUGCGACACACUGAUGGAAAAGCUCGAGAAAAUUGCCGAUUCAGAUCAAAGUGUCAACAUGCUGGACUGGUUCAGCAAGCUAACUCUGGAAGCGAUUUUAUCCACUGCUUUUGGUGUGGACGCGAACAUACAAAUGGGAGAAAACACCGAAACGCUUGAGAAGGCCAAGGCCCUGUUUGAAGUGCCGUUCAUGGUCAGACUGAUAGCCCGCCUGCCAUUUGGCAAAUUGCUCCUUAAGAUAAUGUCCUCUGUACGUGGAAACCCGGCGAUAUAUCUAGGAGACGUGGUCAAAGAAAUCAUCAAAACACGGCGCCAACAGGGGCUGACGGGACGGAAAGAUUUGCUCCAUCUCAUGAUGACCGCCAACGAAGAGACCACGGUGGAAGGGGUCAGCAAACUUUCCGAUGACGAGAUUGUAGCUCAAUCGAUCAUCUUCCUUCUGGCUGGCUACGAAACGUCAAGCAACACGUUGAGCUUUAUCCUUUAUCACUUGGCUCUAAACUCAGAUGUUCAAGACAAGCUGAGGACAGAGAUCAAAGAAACCGUGGAGUCCAAUGCCAAGAGGAAGUCUCUUUACGAACUGGCUCAGAACAUGGAGUACCUUGAUUGCGUCAUCAAGGAGUCUCAGCGACUGUGUCCCGCGGCUCCACACGUCAACCGAGAAUGCUGCGAGGAUUAUGAUCUCAAUGGAAUCCAUAUUCCAGCUGGCACGGAGAUCAUGAUUCCAAUAUAUGUCCUGCAUCAUGACCCCGACGCUUGGCAGAACCCGGAGAAGUUUGAUCCCGAGAGAUUCCGUGGUCCCGCCAAACACGCCCGCCAUGCUUUCCAGUUCCUGCCGUUUGGCGCCGGGCCCAGGAAUUGCAUCGGUAUGAGGUUCGCAUUGAUGGAGGUCAAGAUUGCUCUAGUGAGAAUUCUGAUGAAGUACAAGUUUCUGGCAUCUCCUGAGACACAAGUACCCCUUGAGAUUCGUGAAGGCAUUACUUUGUCGGCGAAAGAUGGAGUGCUAAUCAGAGUGCAGUCCACAAAUUAAAGAGCCUUAGCUGUAAUGUACCGUUAAAACGUCGUGAAGUUUUGUAUAACAAAACUGAACUGAUAGGCCUUGACGUUUUCCUAAAAGCAUAGAUUAAGUAGUAAGUACUUAGCCAAUUGACGCUUUUCUUUUAAAUAUAAAACAGGACAAGUCAUAUAUCGUGCGCGCCUAUACUAAUGAAGUACGGGCGCCCUCAGGACCGUCCGCAAUAGCGGGAUGUGAUGAACAUGACUCACUGUUUGGUUGUUAAGUGUCACAUAUAACGUAUGUGACUGUUAUAUUCUUAUACGAUUUCCAGUUUCUUUAAACUGUAGUACAUUUACUUUGAUGUUAUCAACAAUUAAUAGAGGUCAACAUUACGUACAAAGUAGUGAAAACAUUUGAAGACCGCAGAAUAAUUAUGUCAUUCAAUAGUCUACUUAUACGUCAAAGUUAUAUGUAACGACUGUAGAUCAAUAAGCAUAUUAGUUUGGGACUACACAAAGUGUCCGGAAUUCCGAAAUAGCUUGAGUUCGAAACAACGGGAGUUGUUUUACAUAUAUUUCUUUGUAAUCUCGGCCAGGGAUGUAGGAAUAAAAUACUAUACUAAGCAA